AUGAUAAAGAAAGCAUGUGAAAUUCUCAAACAAUUCGUUAUCAAAAAACCGAUACAAGCAGAUAAUGAUAACCUGGCUACAUCUGAUGAAUUGCAUUUCAUAAAGAAUGUUGAUUCACAGUUGGAUUUUAUAUUCGAUAUUCGAUCGCCACGAACAAAUUUCUCAUCACAAAGUAUCAAUUAUAUUGAUAAUCAAGAUGAUGAUGAGCUGAUAAUGAUAUCAGAUAUGGAAACAGGUUUGAUUGGUUAA